AUGAGGAUCCAGCAACUGAUUGGACUUGUGUGUUUUGUGGGAGGGAUGUUUGUGAAGUACGGAUCUGACGACCUCAAAUCCAUGUUACCAGAGUUGAUGAAUGAACUCGUAAAGAAGGUAGAGCCAAUCUUAAAAGCUACCCACAAAUCAUCGUCGGAUUUUCUGGACAACCUUGACCUUGAGAAGUUGCUAGGCGACGCUGCUGUUGUUUUUAUUGUGUUUGGUGCUAUUUUGCUCUUUAUUGUUUUCUGGGGUUGCUAUGGUAUCAGCUGCAAAUCUAAGUGUGCCCUUUAUAUGUAUGGCUUACUGCUCGUCCUUAUUUUGAUUGGUCAAAUUGUUUGUGCAGUACUGGUUACGCAGAAAAGAGACUUG